GGGGGCGGGGGGCGGCGGGGGCCUGGGGGCGGUGGGACGCUGACCCCGCCCCCUGCUGCUGCCAGUCUGCGCCGGGCGGCGACAGCGACCGAGCCCGGAACAUGGCGGCGGCGGCGCGCAGCUUUGGUCCCGAGCGGGAGGCCGAGCCGGCCAAGGAGGCGCGCGUCGUGGGUUCUGAGCUCGUGGACACGUAUACGGUUUACAUCAUCCAGGUCACUGAUGGCAGCCAUGAGUGGACAGUCAAGCACCGCUACAGCGAUUUCCAUGACCUACAUGAAAAGCUCGUCGCAGAGAGGAAGAUCGAUAAAAGUUUGCUUCCGCCCAAAAAGAUAAUUGGGAAAAACUCCAGGAGCUUGGUGGAAAAGAGGGAGAAGGAUCUGGAGGUCUACCUCCAGACACUCCUGGCCACCUUCCCUGACGUGGCCCCCAGAGUGCUGGCCCACUUCUUGCAUUUUCACUUCUACGAGAUUAAUGGCAUCACUGCAGCACUGGCUGAGGAGCUCUUUGAAAAAGGAGAACAGCUCCUGGGGGCCGGCGAGGUCUUUGCCAUCAGGCCCCUGCAGCUGUACGCGGUCACCGAGCAGCUGCAGCAGGGAAAGCCCACGUGCGCUAGCGGGGAUGCCAAGACUGACCUGGGGCACAUCCUGGACUUCACCUGUCGCCUUAAGUACCUUAAGGUUUCUGGCACAGAAGGACCUUUUGGGACCAGCAACAUUCAGGAGCAGCUCCUGCCUUUUGAUCUGUCAAUAUUCAAGUCUCUUCAUCAGGUGGAGAUAAGUCACUGUGAUGCCAAGCGCAUCCGGGGGCUGGUCGCAUCCAAGCCCACCUUGGCCACGAUGAGUGUCCGCUUCUCAGCAACUUCCAUGAAGGAAGUCCUCGUUCCUGAAGCCUCAGAAUUUGAUGAGUGGGAGCCAGCAGGCGCAGCCCUGGAGGGCACUGUGACUGCCGUCAUCCCCACGUGGCAGGCGCUGACCGCUCUGGACUUGAGUCACAACAGCAUCUCUGAGAUCGAUGAGUCUGUGAAACUGAUUCCAAAGAUUGAGUUCCUGGACCUGAGUCACAAUGGAGUGCUGGUCGUGGACAAUCUGCAGCACCUGUACAACCUCGUGCACCUGGACCUGUCCUACAACAAGCUGUCCUUCUUGGAAGGGGUUCACACCAAACUGGGGAACAUCAAGACCCUGAACCUGGCAGGCAAUCUCCUGGGGAGUCUGAGUGGCCUGCACAAGCUCUACUCCCUGGUCAACCUGGAUCUCAGCGACAACAGAAUCGAACAGAUGGAGGAGGUCAGGAGCAUCGGCAGCCUCCCGUGCCUGGAGCAUGUGGCUCUGCUGAACAACCCUCUGAGCAUCAUCCCUGACUACCGGACCAAGGUGCUGGCUCAGUUCGGAGAGCGGGCCUCGGAGGUCUGUCUGGACAACACAGUGACCACAGAGAAGGAGUUGGACACAGUGGAAGUGCUGAAAGCGAUUCAGAAAGCCAAGGAGGUCAAGUCCAAAUUAAGCAACCCCGAGAAGAAGGUCAGUGAGGAUUCUAGGCUCUCUGCUGCCCCGUGCGUCAGGCCCAGCAGCUCCCCUCCCACCGUGGCUCCCACCUCUGCCUCCCUGCCCCAGCCCAUCCUCUCCAACCAAGGAAUCAUGUUCGUGCAAGAAGAGGCCCUGGCCAGCAGCCUGUCAUCCACCGACAGUCUGACUCCUGAGGACCGGCCCAUUGCGCGGGGAUGCUCUGAUUCCUUGGAGUCCAUCCCUGCGGGACAGGCACCUUCUGAUGAUUUAAGAGACGUGCCGGGAGCUGUUGGCGGUGCAAGCCCAGAGCAUGCAGAGCCAGAGGUCCAGGUGGUGCCCGGGUCCGGCCAGAUCAUCUUCCUGCCCUUCACCUGCAUUGGCUACACCGCCACCAACCAGGACUUCAUCCAGCGCCUGAGCACGCUCAUCCGGCAGGCCAUCGAGCGGCAGCUACCUGCUUGGAUCGAGGCUGCCAACCAGCGAGAGGAGGGCCAGGGCGAGCAGGGCGAGGAUGAUGAGGAGGAGGAGGAGGAUGUUACUGAGAACCGCUACUUUGAAAUGGGGCCCCCGGAUGUGGAGGAAGAGGAAGAGGGUGGGCCAGGAGAGGAAGAGGAAGAAGAGGAGGAGGAAGAGGAGGAGGAGGAGGGCGAGGAGGAGCGCCUGGCUCUGGAGUGGGCCCUGGGCGCAGAUGAGGACUUCCUGCUGGAGCACAUCCGCAUCCUCAAGGUGCUCUGGUGCUUCUUGAUCCACGUGCAGGGCAGCAUCCGCCAGUUCGCUGCCUGCCUCGUGCUCACAGACUUCGGCAUCGCCGUCUUUGAGAUCCCGCACCAGGAGUCGCGGGGCAGCAGCCAGCACAUCCUCUCCUCCCUGCGCUUUGUGUUCUGCUUCCCACACGGCGACCUCACCGAGUUUGGCUUCCUCAUGCCGGAACUGUGCCUGGUGCUCAAGGUGCGGCACAGCGAGAACACGCUCUUCAUCAUUUCAGACGCCGCCAACCUGCACGAGUUCCACGCUGACCUGCGCUCUUGCUUCGCCCCGCAGCACAUGGCCAUGCUGUGCAGCCCCGUGCUCUACGGCAGCCACACCAGCCUGCAGGAGUUCCUGCGCCAGCUGCUCACCUUCUACAAGGUGGCGGGCGGCUGCCAGGAGCACAGCCAGGGCUGCUUCCCCGUGUACCUGGUCUACAGUGACAAGCGCAUGGUGCAGACGGCCGCCGGGGACUACUCGGGCAACAUCGAGUGGGCCAGCUGCACGCUCUGCUCCGCCGUGCGGCGCUCCUGCUGCGCACCCUCCGAGGCUGUCAAGUCUGCUGCCAUCCCCUACUGGCUGCUGCUCACACCCCAGCACCUCAACGUCAUCAAGGCCGACUUCAACCCCAUGCCCAAUCGCGGCACCCACAACUGCCGCAACCGCAACAGCUUCAAGCUUAGCCGUGUGCCGCUCUCCACUGUGCUUCUGGACCCCACACGCAGCUGCACUCAGCCGAGGGGCGCCUUCGCGGACGGCCACGUGCUUGAGCUGCUUGUGGGCUACCGCUUUGUCACCGCCAUCUUCGUGCUGCCCCAUGAGAAGUUCCACUUCCUGCGCAUCUACAACCAGCUGCGGGCCUCACUGCAGGACCUGAAGACUGUAGUCAUCGCCAAGACCCCUGCAACCGGGGGCAGGCCUCAGAGCCCCCCUGUGGAUGGCCAGCCUGCCGAGGACGGGGCCCGAUGCAGCAAUGAGCAGCAUCUCCAGGAGGUCCCGGCAGAGGCUCCAGCUCCAGCCCCAGCCCCAGCGGAGGUCACAGCUCUAACCCCGCCAAAGACCCCAGCUCCGGCAGAGCCCUCAGUGCCAGCUUUGGUCCCAGCGGAGGCCCCAGCCUCAGCAGAGACCCCUUCAGAGGCCUCAGUGGGGGCCUCGGCCCCGGCAGCGGAGGCUGCAGCACAAGUGGAGGCCCCCGCCCAGUACCCAAGCGACCACUUGAUCCGGUCCACGUCGGAGGAGAAUCAGAUCCCCUCGCACCUGCCCGCCUGCCCGUCGCUCCGGCACAUUGCCAGCCUGCGGGGGAGCGCCAUCAUCGAGUUCUUCCACAGCAGCGUUGCCGAGGUGGAAAACGAGGAGCUGCGGCACCUCCUGUGGUCGUCGGUGGUGUUCUACCAGACCCCGGGGCUAGAGGUGACCGCCUGCGUGCUGCUCUCCACCAAGGCCGUGUACUUUGUGCUGCACGAUGGCCUCCGCCGCUACUUCUCGGAGCCGCUGCAGGAUUUCUGGCAUCAGAAAAACGCCGACUACAACAACAGUCCCUUCCACAUCUCUCAGUGCUUUGUUUUAAAACUCAGCGACCUGCAGGUAGUCAACGUUGGACUCUUCGACCAGUAUUUCCGGCUGACGGGCUCCUCCCCGGCGCAGGUGGUUACAUGCUUGACACGGGACAGCUACCUGACACACUGCUUCCUCCAGCACCUCAUGGCCGUGCUCUCCUUGCUGGAACGCACGCCCUCACCUGAGCCUGUCGACAAAGACUUCUACUCCGAGUUUGGAAACAAGACCACAGGGAAGAUGGAGAACUAUGAGCUGAUCCACUCAAGCCGUGUCAAGUUCACCUACCCCAGUGAGGAGGAGGUCGGGGACCUGACAUUCACUGUGGCCCAGAAGGUGGCUGACCCAGAGAAGGCGCCGUCCCUCAGCAUCCUGCUGUACGUGCAGGCCUUCCAGGGAGUCGGAGGCCUGCACGUGCCCUCAGCAGCUGGAAAGGUAGAGGCAGAUGGACCUGAUUCAGAGGCUGCCCUGUCCCCCAAGCACCAGAACCCCCCAGAGCUUCUGAACGAAACAUGCUGGGCUUGCAGAGCUCGUUCUCCACGCCGGCUGCCCCAGUUCUGUCCUGGACAGCGUGCCCGCCAGCCACCACCAGCCAUGGCAGGGCCCCGGGACCACCUCCUGCUCUGCCUCCUGGCCCUCUGCCUGGCAGGCUCCAGCUUCAUCGGGGGGCAGAAGGUACAGUCCAGACGCUGCGACAUGAAGACCAAGUUUGUCACUCACAUACCCUGCACCCCGUGCCCUGCCAUCAAGAAGCGGGUGUGUCCCUCGGGCUGGCUUCGGGAGUUCCCGGAGAAGAUCUCACAGGACUGCCGAUAUGAGGUCCAGCUGGGGGACUCUUUGUUGUCUGUGAGCGGCUGCAGCCUGGAGUGCUCGAAGGACGUGGUGCAGAAGGCCUGCUGCCCUGGCUACUGGGGGUCCCAGUGCUAUGAGUGCCCUGGGGGUGCCGAGACCCCAUGCAACAGCCACGGAACCUGCCUGGAUGGCAUAGACAGGAACGGGACCUGUGUGUGCCAGGAAAACUUCAGCGGCUCAGCCUGCCAGGAGUGUACAGACCCCAACCGGUUCGGUCCUGCCUGCCAGUCAGUCUGCAGCUGUGUGCAUGGCGUGUGCCGCCAUGGGCCACUCGGGGAUGGAAGCUGCCUGUGCUUUGCUGGAUUCACUGGACCCCACUGUGACCAAGAGCUCCCCGUCUGCCAGGCCCUGAACUGUCCUCAGAACUCCCAGUGCUCUGCAGAGGCCCCUACCUGCAGCUGCCUGCCUGGCCACACCCAGCAGGGCGGCGAAUGCCUAGCCCCUGACCCCUGCCAGCCGUCGCCCUGCUCCCCAGUUGCCCAGUGCUCCGUGAGCCCCAGGGGGCAGGCACAGUGUCGCUGCCCUGAGAACUACCAUGGGGACGGAACGGUGUGUCUGCCCCAGGACCCAUGCACCACCAACAACGGCGGCUGCCCCAGCAACUCCACCUUAUGUCUGUACAAGAGGCCAGGCCAGGCCACCUGCUCAUGUAAGCCAGGCCUGGUCAGCACCAACCACAAUGCCUCCGCGGGCUGCUUCGCCUACUGCUUCCCCUACUCCUGUGACCGGUCAGCCACCUGCCAGGUGACCCCUGAUGGAAAGACCAGCUGUGUGUGCAAGGAGGGCGAGGUGGGAGAUGGGCGUGCCUGCUACGGCCACCUGCUCCACGAGGUGCAGAAGGCCAGCCAGACGAGCAUGACGUUACUGCGGCUGAGAGUCGCCUUUGCCAUGCUGGACCAGGGCUGCCGGGAGAUCCUCAGCACGUCGGGCCCAUUCACCGUGCUGGCACCGUCCAUAUCCUCCAGGACCAUGAACGCAUCCCUUGCCCAGCAGCUCUGCAGACAGCACAUCAUCGCAGGGCAGCACAUGCUGGAGGAGUCAGGGACCCAGUCUACACGCAGGUGGUGGACGCUGGCUGGACAGGAGAUCACCGUCACUUUCAGCCGCUUCAGGCAGAAAUACACCUACAAGUACAAAGACCAGCCCCAGCAGACAUUCACCAUCCACAAGGCCAACUACCCAGCAGCCAAUGGCAUCUUCCACGUGGUCACUGCCCUGCGGUGGCAGCCCCCACCAGAGCUCCCUGAGGACCCCAAGAGGACCAUCGGCCAGAUCCUUGCCUCCACUGAGGCCUUCACCCGGUUUGAAACCAUCCUGGAGAACUGUGGGCUGCCCUCCUUCCUGGAUGGCCCUGGGCCCUUCACAGUCUUUGCCCCCAGCAAUGAGGCAGUGGAUGGCUUGCGGGACGGCCGCCUGGUCUACCUCUUCACAGCGGGUCUCUCCAAACUGCAGGAGCUGGUGAGGUACCAUGUCUAUAGCCACGGCCAGCUGACUGUUGAGAAGCUCAUCUCCAAGGGCCGGGUCCUCACCAUGGCAAACCAGGUCCUGGCUGUGAAUAUCUCGGAGGAGGGGCGCAUCCUGCUGGGACCUGAGGGGGUCCCCCUACGGAGAGUGGACGUGCUGGCUGCCAACGGCGUCAUCCACAUGCUGGAGGGCAUCCUGCUGCCCCCGACCAUCCUGCCCAUCCUGCCCAAGCUCUGCAACGAAGAGCAGCACAAGGUCGUGGCGGGCUCCUGUGUGGACUGCCAAGCCCUGAACACCAGCAUGUGCCCCCCCAACAGCGUGAAGCUGGACAUCUCCCCUGAGGAGUGUGUCUACAUCCAUGACCCUACUGGGCUGAACGUCCUGAAGAAGGGCUGCGCCCACUACUGCAACCAGACCAUCCUGAAACCUGGCUGCUGCAAAGGGUUUUUUGGGCCUGACUGUGUGCAGUGUCCUGGGGGCUUCUCCAACCCCUGCUAUGGCAAAGGCAACUGCAGUGAUGGGGUCCAGGGCAGCGGGGCCUGCCUCUGCUUCCCAGACUACAAGGGCAUCGCCUGCCACAUCUGCUCCAACCCAAACAAGCAUGGAGACCAGUGCCGGGAAGACUGCGGCUGUGUCCACGGUCUAUGUGACAACCGUCCAGGCAGUGCGGGGGUGUGCCAGCGUGGCACAUGUGCCCCAGGCUUCAGUGGCCGCUUCUGCAACGAGUCCACAGGGAACUGUGGGCCCACAGAACAGGCCCAGCAGUGCCACCUGCAUGCCCGCUGCGUUAACCAGGGGGAUGUUGCCAGGUGUCUCUGUCUCGAUGGCUUUGAGGGUGACGGCUUCUCCUGCACACCCAGCAACCCCUGCUCUCGCCCAGACCGUGGCGGAUGCUCGGAGAAUGCUGAGUGUGUCCCUGGGGCCCCAGGCACCCACCACUGCACGUGCCACAAGGGCUGGAGUGGGGACGGUCGUGUCUGCAUGGCCAUCGACGAGUGUGAGCUGGAUGUACGAGGCGGCUGCCACGCUGACGCCCUCUGCAGCUAUGUGGGACCCGGGCAGAGCCAGUGCACCUGCAAGCUGGGAUUCGCGGGGGACGGCUACGUGUGCAGUCCCAUUGACCCCUGCCGGGCAGGCAACGGUGGCUGCCAUGAUCUGGCCACCUGCCGGGCAGUGGGAGGAGGUCAGCGGGUCUGCACAUGCCCCCCUGGCUAUGGGGGUGAUGGCUUCAGCUGCUACGGAGACAUCUUCCAGGAGCUGGAGGCAAAUGCCCACUUCUCCAUCUUCUACCAGUGGAUCAAGGGGGCCGGCAUCACUCUUCCUGCUGACAGCCGAGUCACAGCCCUGGUGCCCUCGGAGUCUGCCAUCCGUAGGCUGAGCCCUGAGGACCAGGCCUUCUGGCUGCAGCCGAGGAUGCUACCGCAACUGGUCAGGGCCCAUUUUCUCCAGGGCGCCCUGUCUGAGGAGGAGCUGGCCCGGCUGGACGGGCAGAGUGUAGCCACCCUGAGCCCUGCCGCACGCUGGGAGAUUCACAACAUCAGUGGGAGGGUCUGGGUGCAGAAUGCCAGCGUGGACGUGGCUGACCUCCUUGCCACCAAUGGUGUCCUACAUGUCCUCAGUCAGGUCUUACUGCCUCCGAGAGGGGAUGUGCUGGGGGGGCAGGGGUUGCUGCAGCAGCUGGACUCAGUGCCUGCCUUCCGCCUCUUCCGGGAGCUGCUGCAGCGCCACAGGCUGGUACCCCAGAUUGAGGCUGCCACCGCCUACACCAUCUUCGUGCCAACCAACCACUCUCUGGAGGCCCAGACCAACAGCAGCGGCCUGGACUUGGACGUAGUGCGACACCAUGUGAUCCUGGGGGAGGCGCUUUCCACAGAGGUCCUGCGCAGGGGGGGACACCGCAACUCCCUCCUGGGCCCUGUGCACUGGCUUGUCUUCUACAACCAUAGCGGCCAGCCCGAGGUGAACCACGUGCCGCUGGAAGGCCCUGUGCUGGAGGCCCCUGGCCGCUCACUGUUUGGCCUGUCCGGGGUCCUGACAGUGGGCUCAAGCCGCUGCCUGCACAGCCACGCAGAGGCCCUGCGGGAGAAAUGUGUAAAUUGCACCCGGAAAUUCCGCUGCACUCAAGGCUACCAGCUGGAGGACACCCCCAAGAAGAGCUGUGUCUACCGGUCUGGCUACUCCUUCUCCCGGGGCUGUUCUUACACGUGUGCCAAGAAGAUCCAGGUGCCUGACUGCUGCCCUGGCUUCUUCGGCACACUGUGUGAGCCGUGCCCGGGGGGUCUGGGUGGUGUGUGCUCGGGCCACGGGCAGUGUCAGGACAGGCUCCUGGGCAGUGGGGAGUGCCGCUGCCACGAGGGCUUCCACGGAACGGCCUGUGAGAUGUGUGAGCUGGGCCGCUACGGGCCCAACUGCACUGGAGUGUGUGACUGUGCCCACGGGCUGUGCCAGGAGGGGCUCCGAGGGGACGGAAGCUGUGUCUGUAACGUGGGUUGGCAGGGCCUCCGCUGUGACCAGAAAAUCACUGGCCCUCAAUGCCCACAGAAGUGUGACCCCAAUGCCAACUGCGUCCAGGACUCGGCUGCAGCCCCUGCCUGCGUCUGUGCCGCGGGGUACUCGGGCGACGGCAUCUACUGUGCAGUGGUGGACCCUUGUGCCCAUGACCACGGGGGCUGCUCCCCCCACGCCAACUGCACCAAUGUGGCACCUGGUCAGCGGACAUGCACCUGCCUGGAUGGCUACACGGGUGAUGGGGAGCUGUGCCAGGAAGUUAACAGCUGUCUCAUCCACCACGGGGGCUGCCACAUGCACGCCGAAUGUAUCCCCACAGGCCCCCAGCAGGUCUCCUGCAGCUGCCGCGAGGGUUACAGUGGGGACGGCAUCCGGACUUGUGUGCUCCUGGACCCCUGCUCCCAGAACAAUGGAGGUUGCAGCCCCUAUGCUGUGUGCAAAAGCACAGGGGAUGGCCAGAGGAUGUGUACCUGCGAUGCAGUCCACACUGUGGGUGAUGGCUUCACCUGCCGUGCCCGAGUCGGCCUGGAGCUCCUUCGGGACAAGCAUGCCUCAUUCUUCAGCCUCCAUCUCCUGGAAUACAAGGAGCUCAAGGGGGCUGGGCCUUUCACAAUCUUUGUGCCGCAUGCAGAUCUAAUGACCAACCUGUCGCAGGAUGAGCUGGCCCGGAUUCGUGCCAAUCGCCAGCUUGUGUUCCGCUAUCACGUGGCUGGUUGCCGGAAGCUGCGAAGCCAGGAGCUGCUAGAGGAGGGCUAUGCCACCACACUCUCCGGGCACCCGCUGCGCUUCAGUGAGAGGGAGGGCAGCAUAUACAUCAAUGACUUCGCACGCAUGGUGAGCAGCGACCAUGAGGCUGUGAACGGUGUCUUGCAUUUCAUCGACCGUGUCCUGCUGCCACCUGAAGCGCUGCACUGGGAGCCUGACGCUGCCCCGAUUCCGCGGAGAAACUUCACCGCCGCUGCGGAGAGCUUCGGUUACAAGAUCUUCAGUGGCCUUGUGACGAUGGCUGGCCUGCUGCCCCUGCUUCGAGAUUCAUUCCAUAGGCCCUUCACAAUGCUGUGGCCCACAGACUCCGCCCUGCAAGCCUUGCCUCCCGAUCGCCAGGUCUGGCUAUACCAUAAAGACCACCGUGACAAGCUGGCAGCCAUUCUGCGGGGCCACGUGAUCCGCAACGUCGAGGCCUUGGCAUCCGACCUGCCCAACCUGGGCCCCCUGCGCACCAUGCAUGGGACCCCCAUCUCCUUCUCCUGCAGCCGUGCCCGGCCGGGUGAGCUCACGGUGGGAGAGGAGGACGCCCGGAUUGUGCAGCGACACCUGCCCUUUGAGGGGGGCCUGGCCUACGGCAUUGACCAGCUGCUGGAGCCACCUGGCCUUGGUGCCCGGUGUGACCGCUUUGAGACUCGGCCUCUGUGGCUGAAGGUUUGCAGCAUUUGUGGGCUGGAACCACCCUGUCCUGAGGGCUCACAGGAGCAGGGCAGCCCUGAGGCCUGCUGGCGCUACUUCUCAAACUUCUGGACGUCUCCUCCGCUGCACUCCUUGGCACUGCGCAGUGUUUGGGCCCGGCCCAGCCACUGGGGUCAGCCCCAAGGCCUGGGCAGGGGCUGCUACCGCAACUGUGUCACCACCACCUGGAAGCCCAGCUGCUGCCCUGGUCACUAUGGCAGUGAGUGCCGAGCUUGCCCUGGGGGUGCCAGCAGCCCCUGUAAUGGCCAUGGCACGUGCAUGGACGGCAUGAGCGGCAGCGGGUACUGUAGGUGCCGUUCGAGGUUUGCCGGGAUGGCAUGUGAACUCUGUGCCCCGGGUGCCUUUGGGCCCCUUUGCCAAGCCUGCAACUGUACCUCCCAUGGCCACUGCGAUGAGGGCUUGGGGGGCUCCGGCUCCUGCUUCUGUGAUGAGGGCUGGACUGGGCCACACUGUGAGGUGCAGCUGGAGCUGCAGCCUGUGUGUGCUCCACCCUGCGCAUCCCAGGCCGUGUGCCGCGCUGGCCACAGCUGUGAGUGCAGCCUGGGCUAUGAAGGGGAUGGCCGCACGUGCACAGUGGUAGACCUGUGCCAGGAUGGGCGUGGCGGCUGCAGCGAGCAUGCCAACUGCAGCCAGGUAGGCACAGUGGUCACCUGCACCUGCCUGCCCGACUAUGAGGGUGACGGCUGGAGCUGCCGGGCCCGCAACCCCUGUGAGGAUGGCCACCGCGGGGGCUGCAGCGAGCACGCCGACUGCCUGAGCACUGGACCGAACACACGGCGCUGUGCGUGCCACGCCGGCUACGUGGGCGAUGGACUGCAGUGUCUGGAGCAGCCUGAGCCGCCUGUGGACCGCUGCCUGGACCAGCCACCACCCUGUCACGUGGACGCUGUGUGCACUGACCUGCACUUCCAGGAAAAACGAGCCGGUGUCUUCCACCUCCAGGCCCCCAGUGGCCCCUACAGCCUGAAUUUCUCACAGGCCGAGGCAGCCUGUGGGGCCCAAGGAGCUGUCCUUGCUUCUCUCCCUCAGCUCUCUGCUGCCCAGCAGCUGGGUCUCCACCUCUGCCUUGUGGGCUGGCUGGCCAAUGGCUCGGCUGCCCAUCCCGUCGUUUUCCCGGCAGCAGACUGUGGUGAUGGUCAGGUGGGCGUGGUCAGUCUGGGUACCCGGGAGAACCUGUCGGAGCGCUGGGACGCCUACUGCUACCGCAUGCAAGACGUGGCCUGCCGAUGCCGUGAUGGCUUCGUGGGUGAUGGGGCCAGCGUGUGCAAUGGGAAGCUGCUUGAUGUACUGGCCACCACUGCCAACUUCUCCACCUUCUAUGGGAUGCUACUGGGCUACGCCAAUGCCACCCCGAGGGGUCUCGACUUCCUGGACUUCCUGGACGACGAGCUCACCUACAAGACACUCUUCGUCCCUGUCAACGAAGGCUUUAUGGACAACCUGACACUGAGCGGCCCAGACCUGGAGCUACACGCCUCCAAUACCACCUUCCUGAGCACCAACGCCAGCCAGGGUACCUUGCUUCCCGCCCACUCGGGCCUCAGCCUCAUCAUCAGUGACGUGGGCCCUGACAACAGUUCUCAGGCCCCUGUGGUGAGUCUGGAGGCUGCCCCUCCCCUGCUGGCCCCAGCCCUCACUCACCCACUGGGCCUGACCCUGGUCUCCCUACAGGUCCCAGGGGCAGUUGUGGUUAGCCACGUCAUCGUGUGGGACAUCGUGGCCUUCAACGGCAUCAUCCACACUCUGGCCAGCCCCCUCCUGGCGCCCCCGCAGCCUCGGGCAGUGGUGGCCCCAGAGGCCCAACCUGUGGCAGCAGGCGCAGGGGCUGUGGUAGCUGCUGGAGUGCUCCUUGGCCUCGCGGCCGGAGCCCUCUACCUUCGUGCCCGAAGCAGGUCCGCAGGCUUUGGCUUCUCUGCCUUCCAGGCGGAAGAUGAUGCUGCUGAUGACUUCUCCCCAUGGCAGGAAGGGACGAGCCCUACCCUGGUCUCUGUCCCCAACCCGGUCUUUGGUAGCCAUGAUGCCUUUUGUGAGCCCUUUGACGACUCGCUCCUGGAGGACGACUUCCCUGACACCCAGAGGAUCCUCGAGGUCAAGUGACGCAGACGCAGCCGGUGCUGAAGCAGAGGCAUGAGCAGGAGGGAGGCGGCUUUUAUUGCCCAGAGUGGGUGGGACAGCAGGGGCUGGGCCUGGUCCAGACAAUAAAGGUACCCUCAGCGGAUGUGGGCCAUAUCGCCAAGGAAGGGUGUCUUCAUG